AUGGACCUAAUGGUUGAUCUUGAAUCAGGCACGGUCGACGAGUUGAGCAAACGGGUUCCUGGAAUGUGGCGUAUCCCUACAAAUCGCGACAUUUGUUGUAUCUACAGAGUCCCAAACUGUCUACGUAAAGUCAGUCCAGAAGCAUACACGCCUCAAUUAGUCAUCAUUGGACCUCUUCAUCAUUCUUUGAAAUCAAAAGCUCUCAAGUCUCCUGGCGAUAUCACAGAUGCAAACUCAAUGGGAUACUUAAACAUGGAGGAGCACAAGAAGUUUUACCUAGCGGAAUUCGCCAAAAGGGUAGAAGGGAAAAACACGAUUGAUGGAUUCAGGAGAACGAUUGAAGAACACGAAGUUAUGAUUAGGGCAAGCUAUUUGGAAUCAACGGUCUGGAUUGAAUCACCAAAGUUUGUGGAGAUGAUCUUGCACGACUCUGUUUUCAUAUUAGAGCUCAUGUUGAGGUUUCUCGAGGUAGGAACAGAGAAAACAGGGGAUCCUCUCAUGGAUGAGGCUUGUCUUGAACUCACAAUCAAGAGAGAUCUCAUCUUGCUCGAGAACCAGCUUCCUAGCUUCAUCCUCGAGAAACUCUUUGAUCCGAUAGUUUCAAUACUCCGCGGUAUGACAUUCCACGAAUUAACCAUGGAUCAUUUUGGAUUCACAGACAAGAAGGGAAGCGACUCAAAGUUUAGACAUUUCACUGAUUUGCACAGGAAUCUCCGCGUGGACUCGGUUAGAGAUCAUGAUUCUGGGAGAUACCAGCCCACGUACCAAAUGUAUAAUGCGGAAAAGCUAGGCAGUAGGAGAGUGAAAUUCAAGGCUGUGGAAGACGAGUUAUCGGUCUUGGUGACAUUCGAUAAUGGUGUUUUGAAGUUACCUCGUUUCUUGGCUGAUGACGAUGCGGAGAUAACAAUCAGAAACAUAAUGGCCCUUGAGCAAUGCCAUUACCAUUCAACGCUCACGUUUGUAACUACAUCAAGUUCUUGGAUUUCCUCAUCGACAACGAGAAAGACGUCGACUUGCUUGUCGAGAAAGGUAACUCUUUUUAUCUAG